GUUACUGUCAGUCGUCAUUAAGACCUUCAAGUGAGCGGCCGCGUUGCAUUUGCUCCAAGUGAUUUUUGCGUCGUCUUCAGUGAAAACAAAAUGGCAUUAGCAGUAGCGAUUUUCAUUGUCAGUAUUGUUAACCUGCAGAUGACAACUGCUGCAGUGACUCAACGUGGUGUGGAUACACCGCCUAUAGUUUUCCCUGGACCCGUGGAGCAUAAUCUCAAAGCUAAGGCAGAAGAGCCAGAAGAGUGCAAGGGAAAAACUUAUUGCACCAUCAAACCUGCAGACUAUCCAGAAGAAUUAUUCAGUAAAAUGUUUAAAGAUGCGAAUAUAGUUCCUCAGCCAUCUUUAGUGCUGGAUACGAUGUUGACAAACCGUCAGGGUGACCCUGAACUAAGUGAUGAUUGUGAUAGUGAAGUCAAGUAUGACCCAUUGUACAGAGUACGUGAAAAGCGGGAGGGCGAUUGGAGGGAAGUCGUACAAGCGCCUACGGAGAAUUUCGUUCAGAGAGUUCGUUUGGAAACCUGCACGAAUACAGAAGCGUCUUGCUUUAACGGUCUGCAUCUGACUUCGGAAAUCAAAACCUCUUGUAAACAGAAGUACAAUAAAUGGGAAGUCUUGGUGAGAAAAGGUGAAAAUGAUACGGAAAAAAUAGAAGUGGAACUGCCAGUUUGUUGCUCUUGUGUUUAUAAAACUGCGCCUAUUCUAAACAGAUUUGGGACCGAUAAAAAUAUGAGUCCUGCCAAAGCUACCGUCAAACCCGUUAAAAGUUAACCUUAUUUCAACUAAAUAACAGAAACUCAAACUCAAAUUUAUUAUUAGUAAACACACAAGUUUUGAAUUGGUCAAAAUGCUCUUAUUAUGUAAUAACAUCUUACUUUAUAUUGCAAAUUAAAAAAAAAUAAGGGAAAAACUGUGUAUGGAAUUUGAAAUUCUUCUGUUUUCGGCAUAGUAACGAGAUACUUUGUAUCUGUUAUUUUUAACUAUAAUGUCAUGUAAUUUUAAUAAUCAUUAGAUUUAUUUUGAGUACAUUUAUUCUAACGUAUCUCUGUUCGAUUUGAUAGUUUUGUUACUUCAGAAUGUAGUUUUAUGAAAAUUAUAUUUUUUAUUUUAAGAAUCGAAUAAGGACAUU